UCUGCAUCUGCAACAGCCGGUGAAAUAGGCGCUACAGGAGCUGUAAAGCCUGCCGCCGACGCUAUAACAUUCGAGAAUAAAUUACUGAAGGAAGAAAAAGAAACGCCAACAGGCAUUGAUAUUCAUGAUUUGGAACACGAUGAUAGUUCGUCGAGUACAGUCGACGGCAUUGGUGUUGAUGAAUGUGAAACAGAUCUGGUUGGAUUCGAAAUUAUAACAGGAUAUGUUUUCUCAGCACCGGGUAAGCUGUUGGACUCGUUGCCAGGCACUCUGAUGUUGACUGAUUGUUUGGAGGCAUGUCAGAGCAAUGAAACUUGUCAUGCGGUUAAUUAUGAAACUGGCUUAUGUGUGCUAUUCUCAGCAAAUGCAGAUAAAUUACCAGGUGCACUGACCAAAUCUCAAUUCCCAGUCUUCACCAUUUAUGCGCAGAAAACAUGUCUGGGGGUACGUCCAUGCGCACGUGCCUGGUGUGUGGAUCGUGUGCAGGGCUACAAGUUGAAUGGACAUGCAAGACGCAGCCUGCCAGUGACAUCGAGACGUGAUUGCUUGGAAUUGUGCUUGGGAGAAAAUGAAUUCACAUGCCGAUCAGCAAACUAUUAUCGCAAUACGAAUACUUGUGAACUCUCCGAAAUGGAUCGCAUCACUUUGGCCGGUACGAGUGCAUUCCAACCGCGGGAUGAUAUCGAUUAUUUGGAAAAUAAUUGCGCCGAAGAGCCAAAUAAAUUGUGCGAAUUCAAACGUUUGUCCGGUCGAAUUUUGAAGACCGUUGACUCUGUUUAUCAGGACGUGGGUAGUAUAGAAGAGUGUCGUGAUUUAUGUUUAAAUUCUCCUUACAGAUGUCACUCAUAUGACUAUGGUGAUACUGGUGAUAUGGUCUGCCGUCUAUCUCAUCAUAGCCGAGCAACAUUAGCCGAUGUAGAGGACCCUUACUUAGAAGUACCGGAAGCAUCUACAUAUGAACUCUCUUCUUGUUACAAUGUCACAAUAGAGUGCGGUGCAGGUGAUAUGAUCGCACGUAUCAGAACUUCUAAACUAUUCGACGGCAAAGUGUAUGCGAAGGGUUCACCAAAAUCUUGCGCGGUGGAUGUCAAGACAGCACUUGACUUUGAAUUGCGCAUGGGCUACCAAGAUUUAGAGUGUAAUGUACGUCAAAGCGGUUCAGGGCGCUAUGUUAACGAUGUUGUCAUACAACAUCAUGACACAAUUGUGACAUCAUCAGAUUUGGGAUUAGCAGUUACUUGUCAAUAUGAUUUAACUAACAAAUCUGUCACGAAUGACGUUGACUUAGAUGUUAAGGGUGAUAUAGAACCAGCACUAUCAGAAGAAGUAAUAGUCGAUUCACCUAAUGUCAUCAUGAAAAUAACAUCACGCGAUGGUUCAGAUGUUAUGCGUUCAGCUGAAGUUGGCGAUCCAUUAGCACUUAAAUUUGAAAUACUUGACGAGCAAAGUCCUUAUGAAAUAUUCGUACGCGAACUUGUGGCUAUGGAUGGUGGUGAUAAUGCUGAAAUAACGCUUAUUGACUCAAGGGGUUGCCCAACAGAUCACUUCAUCAUGGGACCAAUUAACAAGAGUUCAUUAUCUGGUAAGGUGCUGUUGUCACACUUUGAUGCCUUCAAAUUUCCAUCGUCUGAAGUUGUGCAAUUCCGCGCUUUGGUCACACCAUGCAUGCCAACAUGUGAGCCCGUACAAUGCGACCAAGAUGAUUUCAGUGCUGAACUCAAAUCGCUGACUUCGUACGGACGCAGAAGAAGGCGUUCAUUAAACGCAACAGAAACAUUUAUUGGCAACACUCGACAACGAUCUCGUCGUGAGACAACAAAAAAACCCAGCCAGGACGAUAUGCUUUUAGUGCAAUCAAUUCAGAUCACUGACAAAUUUGGAUUCGAUAAGCAACAGCAAACCAAAACAUCCGCAUACGAUACCAGCGGAGAGACCGUUUUCAUCUCUAAUGACGCUACACAAGGGUUCUGCGUUAAUGCAAUUGGACUCAUUGUUGCAACAACUGUAUUCCUCCUUGCCCAAUUAUCAGUAAUAGCAAUAUGGACAUAUAUCUACCAGAGACGCCGAAAACAACAAGCGUACACAAGUGAUGGCAUUGGUACAACAUCUGCCUAUGGUGGACACACCAGCUCUACAGGAUCGACUAUUCUACCAACUGCGCGAACAGAAUCUCUUUGCAAAUUAUACGAAAGUGGCAUUGCUGGACGACACGGACUACAAUUUUAAGAACUACGACUAAUGAGAUUGGAAAAAAACGUAUAUAUACCACCUUUUUUUAAAAGAAGAACAAAUAAGUAAUUACUUAAGAUGCUUGAGGAGAGACAGGAGCAUCAUUAUUUAAGAAAAAGUUGCAAUAUGAAAACAUUAGAAGACGCCAUUAAAAAUGUCAAAAGUAUUUAUGGUGCCGAAUAGUUUAAUACUUGCGGGAAGCAAUAUAAAUAUUAAAUAUUAUUUAAAAAACAAUUAUCGAUUAUAAUUAACUAUGCAGUUGUAGUCUUAACUUAGUUAUAAGUGAGAAAAUCAUACUUUAAGCAAAUUAAAUCACAUAGCAAAUCUUUCGAGAGCAUAAUUUUGGAAAAAAGGACGACUGAUAUAUUUGGAGAACAAUAUCCAGCAAUUUUGGAUUGUUUUAUAUACUGCA